AUGGACAUCCGGGCGCAAAUGAAGGACCUGAACCAGGAGGAGACCAACCGCUUUGUGCUUGGAAUGCUGCAAAAGCUUAUGUCUGACUCUGAUGAUGCUACAAACCUGAAUCUGAAGUAUGCCUUGUGUGGAUUCCCACUGUGCCGCUCAGCAUUUUGUGGCCUUCUUGGUGUCAACGAGAAGAGGGUAGUCCACUCAGAGGCAGCCUUGGCAUCUUUGAAUGGAAGCGCUCCACUUGUGCUGGAAGGAUAUCUGCUCCUUGAGCCUGAUAUUGCCAACAACUCCUCAGCGGAGGUGACAGUGCUGCUCAAAGCAAUUGAUUGGGCUGAGGAGGAGUUGGCCCGUCAAGGGAAAUCGCUUCCUGAGCAUUUGAUCCUGGAGGAUUUUGUUCAAGUGAUCCUGGAGAACGUGAAGCCGGCCCGAGGGCGCAAGCUGAAGGCUGAACUCCUUCCAGGGACAUUGGACUUCAAGAGCUAUGUGUCCCAGCUUGGGGUUGAAGUUGCAGGUUUAGUGAACACUUACCAUGAUGUGGCUGAUCCCAACCACUGUUGGCGCUUCAUUCGCCGCAGUGACCUUCCAGUCUAUGAUGAUGCCACUGAUGAGUCUUGGGUGCCUGUGGAAAUCCCAGGUGAAGACUACCCACACGAUGCUAGUGACUGUGUCCUGCUGGUGAAGCACCUGGUGAAUUCCCCAUCACUCUCACAAUCUCCCUUGGUUCUCCUUCCUGCUAGCUUCCAGAAAUUGCUCAAGAAGCCACUUGAAGCAUUACCACGAAAGCUGGUGGCAGAUCGUGCAAGAAAGGAGUGGGAGAAGUUUGCACCGGGCCCUGUGAAGAAGGUCACUGUCAUGCAGGGCAACCAUGCUGAUGCAGUGCCCAAGAAAAGGGGACGCCCCAGAAAGAAACCUGAGCCUGUUGUGGGUGAGAAGCCUGAGGGUGAGAUUCUAAAUGAGCCAGCCAAGAAAGCCAAGACUUCCAGGGCUGCAGCUAUCAAGGCACAGGGUGAGGGUGAGAUCGUUUUUGGGCCCUCCUCCAGGAAACGGGGCACUGUGGUGCCACCAGCCCCUGCAGAUCCAUGCCCUAUCAUUGGUGAUGGUAUGGGCUCCAACGCUAGGGAUGGUAUGCCCCCUUGGCCUACCAGAGCCACUUUUGCAGGGAGGAAGAAGCCCACUGACACUGAGUCAGCAAAGUUGUUUGAUUCCCGCCGUGAGAAGUUCUACCAAUUGGCCCCAAGUACCCUUUGGCGAGAUGGCAAAGAAAGGGUCUACUGGAAGCUAUGUGUAGAACAUGAAUCGGCUGAGAAGGGGAUUGAAGAGUUCCUGAAAAAGGAAAAUGCUUGUCCUGAUGCCUCCUCCCAUGGUCCAGCGGCUUCCCGCGGUCGAGUGGCUGGCCGUGGAAAGGGAGGUGGAAAAUGCAAAGCAGCGAAGCCCAAUGCCAAGGAGCCUGGCAGGAAGCGUGCUCGUGGCAAGGCAAGUCUGAAGAACUAG